AUGUCUCUAUGGUUACCCUUAAAAGGGCCUCUCUCUUCUCAACGCGCUUCUAUCUUUCUCCCUCGCGCCUUCAGGAGAUGUGCCUCCUCAAAGAGAUGGCAAGCACGUCAACUCAAAGAUCGGUUUACAAAGGAAGCAGCAAUUCAAGGGUUAAAAAGUCGAGCUGCCUUUAAGCUUCUACAGAUAGAUGCAAAGUAUCACAUCUUUUGCAACGGCCAGACCGUUGUCGACUUGGGCUAUGCACCAGGUUCUUGGUCCCAGGUAUGCCACCUAGCUAGAAGUUUUACUCCUCGGACUCAACCAAAUGGCCGCGUUCUUGGCGUUGAUAUCAUCCCAGCCCAGCCCCCAAAAGGUUUAUCUACGAUUCAAGGGAACUUUUUGGAUCCUAAUGUUCAAGCUUAUAUCCGAGACUUCUUGCAAGAUCCAGGAAGGGGCAGAUCGCACCCCCCAAACAUUAUUCCACAUGUCAGCCUGAGUCGUGAGAUGCUCGAGUUCGGUGUGGAGACAAAGCCUACCAAGAAUUGCAAAGUGAUGGAAGAAUCUCGUUUAACCAGUGAAAGAACCGUAGACGUGGUUUUAAGUGAUAUUCUAAGUGACUCUUAUAACAGGAUGAUGAACACUAGUGGCAUGAGUUUCAGAGAUCAUGCAGGAAGUAUGGACCUUUGCCGAGCUGCGCUACAAUUUAGUUUCGAGGUCUUAAAGGCAGGUGGCCACUUUGUAUGCAAGUUUUAUCAGGGAGCUGAGGACAAGGACUUGGAAAAACAACUCAAGGGGCUGUUCCGGAAAGUACAUAGACUUAAACCAGAGUCUUCACGUAACGAAUCCAAGGAAGCCUACUUUAUUGGCCUCGCACGCAAACAGCACGCAGUGCGGCAUGAAGUUCUUACGCCUCCCUAA